GUUUGCGUCGGCUCGGUGGCGCCUGCCUUGUUUCCGUUUGCGCUGCUACGGAGAUUUCGCUUCGCCCUUUGCGAUCGGGGAAAAAGAACAACGCGAAAGCACAGCAGCAAGCAGUCAUGAUGGCUAGCGGCGACGACACAUGAAUGAAACCUUGCAGGUAUACAAGUGGCGAUCGAAGAACUGACUGCAUGACGGAAACACGUUUGGACGACGUGCUUGGGGAAAUCUCAGCUGGGAACGCAGUUCAUCGGUCACUGAGCUGCUGCAGCUUUCACUUCGCAAGCGACGUCCGUGCAGUGCGGGGGUCAUCUUUUCGCUGAAGCCACCGAGGGAUGGAUGUGUGGCCCCAGAACUUUGCUACAGUAGGUUGUAGGAGCGCUUGGCUCGAGGCAAUGCUGGAAUACGUGUUUAAGAGGCCCGUGUCAUCAGAUGCUCAAGACAAAGCCACACUAAAGUUGGAGGACCUGGAUGACUUCAUUGACUUUGAACUUGAGAAUUUGUCUAAAGGACAGGUUGCCGAGAGCGACUAUGGCCGGCUUGGUCCUAAUCAUGUCAUGUUUGACAUCUGCUCCAACGUUGGGACGUUCAUUUUCAACCAGGACAGGCUUGGGGUGUCAAGUCAAAGUAACUUCAACACGAUACGAGCCACUUGCUGCGUUUUUAAAGGCAAGUGGCAGUACGAGCUGAUGCUUGGCUCCAAGGGGGUUAUGCAAGUCGGUUGGGUCACUAACAACUGCAAGUUUUCUCAAGAGAAAGGAGUUGGUGACACUAUAGACUCCUAUGCCUUUGAUGGGAACAGGGUGCGCAAAUGGAAUGUUGCCACAUACAAGUAUGGAGAGGCCUGGGUGGCUGGCGAUGUCAUUGGCUGUUGUAUCGAUCUUGACAAAGGCACAGUGCACUUCUACAGGAAUGGUCGAUCCAUGGGGGAAGCGUUCGGCAACGUUCGAUUGGGGCCGGGCCUGGCCUACUUCCCCGCUGUCAGCCUCGCGUUUGGCGAGAACCUGGUGGCCAACUUUGGUGCCACACCAUUGCGCCACCCUGUCGAGGGUUACAGGCCACUUGAGAAGACAUCGCUUCGAGAUGCUGAACGUGCCCGCCUCUUGCUGCUUUGGACAAAGCGGCUACUGCCAGUGUAUGAAGAAGUGCACAAGGGUGCAUCCCAGCCAGCCUACCUCACUGAUGGCCUGGACGUGUUUCGGCAAGGCACAAAAGCGCAGGCCCUUCUCAUUGCUGCGCCCGUGCUCCGGCGCCUCGGCCCGCUGCUGGCAUCUAGUCACGUCACAGAAGUCUCAUUCCUCCCGUUCCUGUUCCAAGUCUUCGAAGAGAGCCCAGACGGAAGACGGAUCUCGACACUACUGGAGCUGUUCUGGGCACUGCUGGAACCUCCGGAGAUCAAGAAGUGCCUGGAGAACGUGGCCGUGGCGUUGUUGACGGGAUUCCGCUUCUCCCCUUGCACCCCCGACUUCCUUCACCAGAAGCGGCACCUUUGCCUCAUGCUGAGCGUUUUGCAGCACGACUCAUCGCGUCGCUACCUCCUAGAGAGUAUUUUAUUUGACAAGAUCAAGUUCGCCAUGUUCAUGGAGGUCAAGCCUCCAGACAACGAAACCCUGGCUACGCUUAUACCUGAUGUAUGGUUCGAGCUUAUGGAGGAGGUACAUCCUACAGAGGAGACCUACAGAAAAAAUUUGUACGCAGCUGCCAAGCAAAGGCUGAAGGUUAUGAGUGCAGACAUUGAGAACAUCCAGCUGAGGAUAUUGGAGCAACUCACUGUGGACACUGAUGCACCACAGGGUCAGACCAGCCGCGAUCUGUUUCUUGCAAAGUUUGAGGCCUUUGUCAAGGAAAAUACUCCAGGAAGCAGGACCUUGACCCUUGACCUGUGUCCAAACGCUGUCGCCUUGGCUUUUUUCCACCGACUUUUGGCCCUGGUCCGUCGGUGCCUUCCCGUCUUCCACACUAGCAGCGGUCAGCUGCUUCAAGAACACAAUUUGUACAUUCCGGCUGCCUUAUUUAUGACUACAAUUGGAACGGGCCCUGAAGUUUCCCACGUCGGCGAUACGCCGGAUCAGAGGAUAGUGGCGUCGGAAAUACCGAUCCCACCGUCCAACCGAACAGUGAGGUCGACGCAGCAGAGCGCUGGUGGCAACACGGUACAUGUGGAAACUGAAACGUCAGCAACAGCCUACGAAGCCAAAGAGGAAGACAAGAGCAUCAAGAUUCUGCAACUUCUUGACGGAAUAGUGCGAUUAUACUGCCUCUGUGGCCAUGCUCAGUUUGUCAAGAUGAAUGCCGUGAAGGACAACAUGCGGGACUACCUCAGGGCUGUGCAGGAGGUCAGGAGGAACAGCGCCUGGGGCGAGAGAGACGUGGCCGAGGCACUGAGCAAGGUGGAGCAAGUCUUCGGCGAAACGCUCAGCGAACAGGCCCGUCACGUUGCCUGGCUGUCAGUGGUGGUUUUCUCCAAGGAGAAGCAGAACGACAUUUACUGGCUUCUGAACAUUGUGUUGAAAACUCUUGAGGAAGCCUCCUCCGCGGGCGUGGAGUUUUGCUUCGUGCCAGAGUAUCACGUCGAAGCGUGCAUGAAGUUGUUGACGACUCUGAGUGUCCACUUCCUGCCAACAUGCCUGUUGAGCGAUAUCCCAGGCCACUACCACGUCUUAGUGAGGUAUAGCACGUUCCUUGCAGAGCACUUUGCUGAUCGCCGUGUUGUCAACCCGGAUGUGAAGGAUGCCCUGCUACGAGCUUUGGCUGCACAUGUCUGUCCCCCGUCCACCGUCAGGGCACUGGAGUGCAUGCCGACUAAAAGCUCUCUAGCACUUAUCCAAGCCUUGCUACAGCCUUACAAGAACCGGCCGUGGGCCCAGACAAACUGGAUACUCAUGAGGCUGUGGAAGGGCUGUGGAUAUGCCUUCCGUUACACAGUGGCACCACAUCUAGUCGAAAGAAUGGCUUCCAGGCCCGUGGAAUCAACUUUACCCAAUCAUCCUGCGCCCUGUCCGAGCGUGUUUUUCCAGAACCACAUUGGCCGCUGGCUUGAGGACCACCCAGAACCAGCAUCGGCUUUCCUGGGCAGCGUCCUGACGCAGCUGAAUUGGUCCUUCUCCCAGUUCAUAAGCAUGCUUCAGGAGAUCCAGAAUGCUCAGAGCAGGCCCGAGCGGGUGUUCAUCAACUCGCAACAGCUGAAGAUCUGUGCCACCUGCUUUGACCUGUCGCUGGGCCUACUCCGUGUCCUCGAGAUGAUCGUGAACGUUGCACCGAGCCUCGUCACCAACCCUACAAGGCCUCACUCUGAGCUUCUGCUGGCCCGCAUCUUUCAAGUACUGAGCCACAUCCUGAAUCGGGUGACGUCCCGGUGUGGCUGCUUCGACUUGGUAGUCGGCAUGGAUGUAGCGGGUCUGGAGGCCAUUGACCACUUUCCUAUAGUCGCUGCUGUGACGGGCAUCCUAGUCGCGCUUUUGCUCAAGGGAUCCGUGGAGAGUCGUGAAACGGCCUUGUCGGGUCUGCUAGCCGAACCGUGCUUCCAGCUGUCGUCCCUCGAGUUCCUGCUGGGUGGUGGACCCACGUCACUGGUGAUGCAAGAGGGUGCUUCGGAAGAAGCCGACACUGCCAAUGACUCGCCAGUUUUCUCGCUUGCUAACUACUCUGAGGUGAAGGAGGAAGAGGUGGAGCAGGCGCGGCAGCUGGUGCAGCUGGUGCAGAGCCGGCAGCCGCCACCUGUCACCUUCGACGAGGACCACAUCUGCACCAUCUGCUACGCGCAGGGCAACUCGGUGCGCUUUGUCCCCUGCGGGCACCAGUCAUGCCACGUCUGCAUCCUGACUCACCUUGCCAACAGCAAGGAGUGUUUCUUCUGCAAAGCCGUCGUGGAAAAGCUCGACCCUUGCAGGACGAUACCCCCCCAGUGAAAUCACCAGCCUCUAGACUGACACGUCACAGUUGUGGCUUUUGUCGUUUGAUACAAUUGCGUCAUAUAACAUUGUUUGCAUUGAGCUGUACAGCAGAAAAUGUUUGUUGUAAAGACUGUUGUAUUUAAACAUUGGAGUGGAUCAGUCUAAUGCUUACGUGAGAUAACGUGCUGUCCUUGCUUUGUGCUGUGUCUCUUCACAGCUUGGCAGCAUGUAAAAGUUGUUGACAUGGUGAUGUAACAGGUCUGUGAAAACUCUCUGCUUUCUGCUUUUAUUGUGGCCAGUUAUUGUACAUUCUUCUGGCUCAUGGAUCACAAUGGCAUUGGCCUCAGUCCAGUUUGAUGCUAAAUGUACAGCUGCUUGCCAGAAGAGUCUGAGAUCAAAAGUGGAAACAAGUCAGCCCUGCCUCUGCUGAAAAAAAAGGGGGGGGGGGGGUCAGGUACAAGCACAAAAUAAACGUCGCACCACUAACGAAAGUUGUGGUAGCUACUUGGCCAGAACUCCACCAGAUCUCCUUCGCACUCUCAGGACAAAGGUAAGAGCACUUCUCAGUGCUCUAAGCUGUAGCACUGCAUCCUUGUAGGCAAGUGUAUUCCGCCAGCCAAAUGCAAAGCAUACCACGAGAACACUUGAGAGUGACCAGCUGAAUGUACUGCAAGUUGCCUUUGUUUAACAGUUGCCUUGGCUGGCAUCUUUGUCCUGUUGUGCAUCCUCUUGCACUUAACAGCCACUAGUUGCUUCAUCUUUGUCUGACAUUCUUUUAUCACAAUGUUCACCUUAGAUCAGUGCGAGUGAGUCAAUGAGACUGUGGUCAGCUCUCACGUGGCUCUUCCCACUGCCACAUUUUAUACGUGGCACUGAGCAGAAGCAGAAGGCACUGACCGCUGAGGAUAUCUGAUGAUGCCUUCUGCUCAGCAAGCCAAAAAAAAAAAAAAAGUGAAUUAACGAUUACUUCUGCUCAGUAAUGUGAUAAGAGCAGACGACACCUUCUGCUCCUGCCUGGUGUGAUAAGUGAAAGUGUUCCAUGGGACCUCUCGUGUAAGUUGGCCGCAUUCUUGUCAGAUAGUUUGUUGCAGAGCACUACAGUAGCAAUUAUCAAAUCUUAUGUAGCCAGGCACCACCAUUUCUUGUCGAUAGCUUCCAGGUGUACUUUACAGUGGUGAUCUAGGUUUUAAGAGUACAAAGAAAUACUGUACUGAACCAGUGUACGAAAAGUACUUAGCUCACUCAUAGUUGCACCUCGUAAUCAUCAAAUUGAAGAAUAAAUGGUGCAACAUUUUGAGGCAAAAAAAAGAAUGGUUAUGGGCUCUCUUGCUAGAGAAAUGCUUUCAGUUAGAGUUCUUGAUGUGGUAGAAAUUCUUCGCUCCCAGAUUCUGGCAUUUAAGAAAAAGAAUCUGUGGAAUUCAUUAAAACAUGGAUGAUGUUCCCUACUCUUUGGUGAAAAAUCUGCUCAUAGCAAUCCCCCAUCUGUCGCGGGAUCGAAUCCCGGCCGCGGCGGCCGCAUUUCGAUGGGGGCGAAAUGCGAAAACACCCGUGUACUUAGAUUUAGGUGCACGUUAAAGAACCCCAGGUGGUCGAAAUUUCCGGAGUCCUCCACUACGGCGUGCCUCAUAAUCGGAAAGUGGUUUUGGCACGUAAAACCCCAUAAUUUAAUUUUUAAUCCCCCAUCUGCCACGUUACGAUAAGACAGAGUAUCGAUUUUUUUUGCCUGCCCAUCAUCGACGUCGUAUGCCCAGUUCAGUACUUUCCUAGCUUGGUAGGUUCUGGCCAGGCCACUUAGGAAUGGCAAGGUGUAGUGCGUGCCGCCGCAUGCUGCUUAUGCAAAAUACCGUAGGAAAAGACAUGGCAGACAUGAUGCUUGCAGAUACGAAUGGCAAUGAGGAGCACAAAUAGAUGGACAGCAGCAUUUCAAAGUAUUUUGCUGUCCCUGGCAAGAUCAAAUUAUUAGGCCUCUCUCCACUUCGGCACCAAAUUUAGGUGUAGCACACCGAAAAAUUUUGAUGUCACCUUUCGAGGCAUUAGCAAUGGGCUAAUUCUAAUGCAAAAGUUUAACACAAAGGUUUUUGGUCAUCAAAUUAUUGUUCUGUGGUCACCCCUAAAGAAAAGCAUGAAUAAAAAUCCGAAACAAAAUUUAAUUGGCAUCAAACAUUGCAUUUAGUGUUGUCUCUUACCUGCUGGUGAAACGUGCUGAUGAAGUGGAGUGAUGAGGUAUGCUGCAUCCUUCACAAAGCGCUGUGCUAAGUCACUGCCUGUUUCGGCUACAGGAUGAAAGGCCCUGUAGUCCUUGGGACACCAAAGGAUAGACCAAGGCAGGACUGAUGCUGUGUCCUUUCUGUUUCCCAUCUAUUUAUGCUAUUCACCGGCGGUCAUGAUGAACCAACUCAUCAAACAGAACUUAUUGUUACUUACAGACCAUCUUGGUUUGAAACAAUGGUUGCCGAUUCUCAAGAAAAAAAAAUAUAAGACGUGGUUUGUAAAUACUUGCUGACCUUUGCAUGCCUUGGAACAUCAGCAUCCAUAUUUGUCUGACACUGGACAUAUCCAUGCAACUUCGCUGCUUUCGAGUUCAAAACACUACAAGUCGGGCAGGGUGGUUAUGACGCUUUUGGAGGCAACGCUGUAGGCAAUAGUUAACGGGACCCUAAUGAGCAACAGAUAAUUUGUUUAGCCUAGUGAAGUAUUCUUCCCAGGCCCACUUUACGUUAAUUUGAUGGAAAAUGGCUCCUUAUUAGCGGGGAAUGUCGAGGGCAGCUUCCCUUUCUGAAUUUCAUGCCCAUAUCACAGUGCCGCUACGUCAGUGCUAUGUCACAGAUUUUGAAGCAUUAUCUCAAGUUCUGGCCAUUUUUGUUCAGAGAAAAAAAAAAUGUUGGAACUCGCUGUAUUGGAUCUCUGGCUCGUUCAGGGUUCAACGCAAUCCUCGUUUGUCUACGACCUGUGAACUAAUCAUGAGCAGUCACUGUCAAAAGUUAUGAUGUCACUAGAAGCUAGCGUGGCAAAAACUUCAACUUGGCAUCACCGCCUGUCUUUUGCUUUUGAAUCUCUUCUGCAACUUUCGAAUACUCCACCAGCGUAGGACUGAUGCUUGUGGUAUUUCAGAAAUGUAAUCUACAAGUCCAGUUUAUCUCAGUAUUCCUCUGUGGUGUCUUUGUUAGUUAAAUUGAUAAGUCAGGCUUCUAAAAAUACAACUGUGCCACUCUGAGAGCAGUGCUUUCGUAAGCGAAAAACGACGUAAACAUUCGAACAGGCGAAACCAGCUCCCACAGGCUUUUUUGAUCAUCCCAGCAAUAUCGGGCCAAGAUUAGUCAACGAUUGCUACAUAAAAGCAGAUUACAUGGCACUUCAAUACAGAAGGCAGUGCAGCCUGGCCACAUUUAUUCAAUUUUCCUGCACAUAAGUUAUAGGUACCUGCUCCCUCAAUAUUGCUGCAUCAGUACUAUAUGUAGGCGCAUGGUGCCUCCUAUGUCCAGCCCUCUGACCCACUAAGGGAGGAAGAGAAUCAAAUCUUACAUUAUAUUUAGAGCACAGUCAUUUCCGUUACAGAGACGACAGACCCUGUAGCAAACCCACGUUUCUCUGUUUGCUGGUGAUCUAAAUCAAGGAAGACAUGUGCUGUUUCCAGCGUCGACUCUCUGUCUUGGUGCACAGAAAAUGCUGAGAAAUUUUUUUCAGGAACAUAAUCUAUGGCUCCAGCUAGACUGAUGUUCGCCUGUCCCUUUCUCUAGCAGUCAAUUAUGGUGGCACACAGUAUUGUGACGCAGCAAACUUUAUGGGUCUGGUGCAAGUUUGCAGUGAAUAACACUGCUACCAGUACGGAAAGUUACUCACUGUUUCUGUUUGUUUUUUGCAGUUAUGGUACAAUUGUGCUAGUAUGGCAGAGGAUGUUGGGAUAUCGGUUUUGCAUUGCAGUUUUGCAUUUUUUUUUUUUUUUUGCAUUGUUGGAUAUCAGUCAGUUUUGCAUUUCAAUGUCUCCUAAGUUAUCCAGUUCCUGUAUCCAGUUACUUUAAGGUUAAUGAGCGAAAUUUGGUUUAUUUGUUAAUCAAUUGGUAUUUUAACAAAUAAACGCGAAUGUCUGCCGCUACGAAUGGUUUGUUGUAAAAAACGUCAUUGCUUAAUCAUUGCUCUACAUUUCAUAAUCACUUCAGUGAAACACCCAGUAUAUCCUCAUAUGCACAGUUUGAGCAUAAAAUGCUUCGUUGAAACGUUCUUGUACCAGUGCCUCUGCAUUCUACAUUUUUACUUGUGUGAAGAAUGUUCCCAAGAUGGCUACUGCUUCACUCAUAAAGAGAUCUACGUACAGUGUGGUCUACCGUUGAAGGGAACACAUGAGUGUAGGACAUGUGCAAAAAUUUGCUGCUGGCAAGUCUGCAAUUUCUCAGCUUUGCAGCAUACAAAUCUUGGCUGGUGGCGCUGGCACCUCUCUGCUCACCUGUGUAUUGACAUAGUGUCAGCCAUUGCUUGCAGGAUGAACACCAGUGAACCAAGAUCCACACAUAGGGGGGCAAUUCCUUUCACAGUGGACAGGCACCAUACAAGUACUACACGAAGGUUGCAGUUCAGUGUUUUUUUGUACACCUUUUCUGGGCUUAUUUGUGGCCUCCUGUUUGUAAAGAACUGAGAUUUUUUUAUGCAGCAAGAGUUCAUAUUUCUGAGAAAGAAAAAAAAAAAAACCUUACCAGGUGCCAAUUUAGGGCUCAGCUAUUUGAAGAAGUUAAGAGAAGUCGUCACUUGCUCUUUACCUAAUGCCUUUACUCAUUUAGCACGAGGUAACGGUUUCGAGUACUGGCCAUGGCGGCUGCAUUUUGAUGGGGCUGAAAUGCGAGAAUACUUGUGUACUUAUAUUGCUAAGGAGUCCCAAAUGGUCAAAAUAAAUCCGGAAGUUGACUUCAGAUGUAGCCCUAGUUUUGCUUGAGCAGGUUGAAUCCCAUUAAUGAACUAAUCAAUCCAUCAUUCCAGUCUAGGAAAAAACAGUGAGUAUUGGGUAGCACAGACCUUGGCCAAGCAUGCACCUACAAACUAUGUGUCUGAUCAUGGAUUGUGGGGCUUCAUGUGAUACUACACUAUUGUUUCGUUGCACCUGCAGUGCAGAUUGUAAACAGCAACAUUUCUUUUUGUUUAGUUUCUCUUUUCCCUUCUGCUGCUCCUUGAAAUAAAAGCAAUGGAUUUGCAUUAUUACUAGAUUAUUCCUUGGCCAAAGGGAUCAGGAGCAAGACUUUUAGAAGAGUAGCUUCACAUACAGCCAUACGAAGCCAACAACUAAGCUAAGGAACUCAAAAAGGUUGAUUGCUAGCGUCUACAAUAUGAAGCCAAAGAAGGCAAGCCUUGGUUCUCCUUUAAAAAGAAAAAGUUUGUUUCAUAUAUAAGAUUUACGAGACAAAUACUUCCCUGGUUUUUCAUUCAGUGCCAAGCAAGAGAUCAGAAUGAGAUCACAAAAAAUGUGCGUUUCAAAUGGCUAGCAGUGUUUGAUCUAUCACUAAGACUUAAGGUAACACAUCAAACACGAUACACAAAAGCUUUAAGUGUCGGCUUGUGUUCUUGUUUGUCGCAUUAGUCGAACUUGGGUUAUAGUCAAACCUCCUUAUAGUGAAGUUGCAUCUGACGCGCAAAUAUCUGUUAUAUCUCGUAUUUGUUAUAAGCGUAUAAUUGUUACAUGCUGAUGUCAAUAAGACACAUUUAGAUUUAUCUCAUUAUACAGUAACACCUCGUUACAACGAAGUUGAAAGGGGAGCAAGAAUUUGUUGUAUCCAUUACUUUGUUAUAUCCGUUAUUACGUGUAUUGCAGUGUGAAUCUCUAUGGGUAUUUGAAGGGGAAUUUCACUUUGCUAUAUUCAUUAUUUCAUAAUAACAAGGUUUGACUAUAUCUGAUAAUUCACUAUAUCCGUGUUCGUUGUACCGUAGUUUGACUGUAAAUUAUGCACCGCCUAGGAUCGUAUUACUUAUUGAACAAAGUCGGCUGAAAAUGCUGAAUGUGCUUCUCAUCCCUCUUUUUUUUUCCAUUCUUGUUCCUUGCUUGGUGCCACCAACAAAGAAAUGGAUCACAAAUACUAACCUGGCAAUACUUGACAGGGACGAACACAUUUUGAGAUGAAUCUCUUUCCAUGUGUAAGCAUAGAAUGCUUACCGUGGGCUAAAACUUUGUGUUACCAAACGAUGUUGCAAGACCAGUUGCUGCCAAACUAUUUCCUCCACGUUGGCCUGCAAAUAAUGCAGGCAGUGUAUGCAAAGUACUUCAGCAAUUAAGAUUUUCUGCCAGCAUAUGCAAAGUACUUCAGCAAGAAUUGUAGUGUAAAGUUAGCAGGUAUAUGAACUGCUCAGGCACAGUGUUUUAUCUAGAUCUCGUGUGCAAUAGUUGUUGAUUUCACAUUUUCGAAUGGCUUGUAAGGAACUGCAGUGUAUGGAUAUUUUGGUGCGAGUUUUGUUUGAUGCUCUUGUGAUCACAAUAAAGGUAUUCUUAAAUGAUCA